AUGGCGGCCCAGCCUGUAAUUGUGACGCAGCCGCAGCCGCAGGUGCAGCAGGUUGUGGUUAUCCAGCCGCAACAACCCCAAUGGCUGACAGGGCUAUGCGACUGCUGCACUGACUGUGGAGUGUGCCUCUGUGGAACCUUUUGCUUCCAUUGUUUAGGAUGCCAAGUUGCUGCCGACAUGAACGAAUGCUGCUGCUGCGGAACAACCAUGGCAAUGAGAUCUGUCUACAGGACCAAAUAUCAUAUCCCCGGAUCACUCUGUGAUGAUUUUUGCACUGUCCUGUGCUGUCCUGUUCUUUCCCUUUGCCAGAUAAAGAGGGAUAUCAACAGGAGGCGAGCAUUAGGAAUCUUCUAGCCAGGUUUGUGU